GAACGUUAUUUGUCAAUUCGUUAUCUUAACUUUCUGCAACUAAGAGAUUCUCUGUGUGUGUGGUUCUCUCGUUGUUUCUUUCUUUCUCUUUCAAGAUUCUGCAUCUUAGCUUCUCUUCUCCAUUUGCAAGUCAAACCCAGUAUCUUUUCUUUCUCUUCUUAGAAAUAAAGCAUUCAUAACAAGUGAAAGAACAGUGCCAGAAAUUGGAACUUCUAGCUGAUUGUCUAUUUGAGAUUUCUUUUGUGGAUUUGGCUGAAUGAACUCUCAUCAAUGCCUUUAUUAGAUAUUGCUACUGCUCAGGCGUCCUUGCAAAAUCAUCUUAGUCCAUUAGGGGUUAAAUCCCUCGUUCACUCUAAGGUUUUAUCAAGUCCAUUUACAUUUGGGGAUGAGAAGAGACCAUUAUCUGUGUGGAAAUCAUUCCACUUCCCUACAAAGUUAAAUGCUUAUGAGAGGAGUAAACUUCAGAUCAAGGCAGUUGCUACCCUUGAACUCAAGUGUGUAGUUCACAAGGAGGAUGGACACAGGACCAGUGAAAAUGCACAGCUUGAUGUCGAUUCAGAUUCCUCAAAGGUUCAGGCUGAGUUCUCAAGUGCAGACUCAACGGAAUUGGAUGAGAGAGAAAGGUUGAGGCGGAUUAGGAUUUCUAAAGCAAAUAGAGGAAAUACACCAUGGAACAAAGGGAGGAAGCACAGUGCUGAAACCCUUCAACGGAUUAGAGAAAGAACAAAGCUUGCAAUGCAGAAUCCUAAGAUCAAGAUGAAGUUGGCCAAACUUGGACAUGCUCAGAGUGAAGAGACAAGAAUGAAAAUUGGAGCUGGAGUGCGAAUGAGGUGGCAAAAGCACCGCGAGAAGAUGACUGUGCAGGAAACUUGUGUCUUUGAGUGGCAAAAUUUGAUUGCAGAAGCUUCAAGAAGAGGAUAUCUUGGUGAGGAAGAGCUGCAGUGGGAUUCCUACAAGAUCUUAAGAGAAAAGCUUGAAGUUGAAUGGGUAGAGAGUGUCGAACAAAGAAAAGCAGUGCAUAGGCCAAAGGGUAGCAAGAGAGCACCAAAGUCCCCUGAACAAAGAAGAAAAAUUGCUGAAUCCAUUGCUGCCAAAUGGGCUGAUCCUGCAUACCGAGAACGAGUUUGCUCUGCAAUUGCUAAAUAUCAUGGCAUACCAGCUGGAGCUGAAAGGAAGCCAAGGCGAAGGCCAAGUACACAAUCCAAGAAACAGGACCCAACAAAGAAAAAAACUAGGGAUACCAACAACUUGUCUGGAAGUGACACUACAAGCCCAAUUCAGCAACUAAGGUCGCAGAGAAGUAAGACACCAUUGUACAACGAUCCUUUGGCAGGUUCAAAGUUGGAGAUGAUAAAGAACAUCAGAGCACAAAGAGCUGCCACAGAAACCAAGAAAACUGAAGCCAUUGAACGAGCAAGGUUGUUAAUAGCUGAAGCUGAGAAGGCUGCUAAGGCCCUUGAGGUUGCUGCAACAAAGAGCCCUGUUGCUCAAGCCUCCCUCCUGGAAUCUAGAAAGCUUAUAACUGAAGCAAUUCAGUCACUUGAAUCCAUAGAAACUGUGCAUAUCACAUCUAGUAAGAAUGACUUGGACCCUUCUCUUGGCCCAACUGAACGGGUUAGCCAGGUUGAGAUGGGAACGGACAUGGGAAAUGGAAGCUCUAAUCAAGCAGAGUCAAAAGAAGUAAAUGGGACCAAAAUCCUUGCAUCAAGUAAAUAUGAGGACCUCAAUUUCUCCAACUUAUCCUUACAUGAUAUUCUGAAUGGUGAGAAUGAACUUCUCUCUACAAACUCCAGUGGGUAUAGUUUGCCUUCAAUUAGAUUGGAGAGUCUCGUAGAGCAGCUGGGUUUGCCAAAUCAAUUUGGCCGAUUGGAACCACAUGGGAUUAUUAAACCUCAAAAGAAUCGUUUACUGAAUGGAUCCCAUGUUCAGCAAGUGAAAGAGGAGUCACCUUCUAAACCAAUCUCUAGCACUAAGAAAUGGGUUCGCGGAAGACUUAUUGAAGUGAAAGAGGGUGAUUAGAUUCGACUCAUAGAAAAUUUCAAAGUUGAUCACAUUAUCCAAAUUUUAUCUUAGCUUGGGGAUGACAUGAGCAGUGUGAUUCCUCAUCGUGGUUCUUUCUGAUCCAAGAACCCAGGAAUCCUGCUAACACAAAGUUGCUAUUUCAGCUUGUCACUAUAUCUUAUAAUAUUUGGUUCUGUAAUACAUAGUUGAUUAAAAGAAUUUUUGUUAAUACUGAAUAGUUGAAGAAACAUUGGUAUCAGCAAUACUUUUAUUGUUCUGUAUGAGAUUAAUCAUCAGAUUUAAUUAUAAGCAUUGGUUCUUUCGCUGUGA